AUGCCUCCGCAACUGCAAAUCACUCCACGUUUCUCAAGCGAGCGUGGCCUUGCUGAUCAUGGUUGGCUACGGUCAUAUCAUAGCUGGUCAUUUGCUUCUUACCAUGAUCCUCGUUAUUCAAAUGGUUUCGGUUGUUUACGUGUUCUCAAUGAGGAUCGUGUUGAGCCAACAAAAGGCUUUGGCACACAUUCUCAUGAAGAAUAUGAAAUUUUUUCAUAUGUCGUGGAUGGCGAGCUACAGCACAAGGAUUCAAUGGGAAAUACAGAGAUUAUUCAUCGUGGCGAAGUUCAAUUUACAUCGGCCGGAACAGGAAUUCAGCAUUCAGAAUACAAUGUAAACAAAUCAUUAUGGGUUCAUUUCAUUCAAAUAUGGGUCAAGCCAAAUAAAUCAAAAUUAAAACCAUCGUAUACGACAAAAAAAUGGUCAGAUGAAGACAAAUUGAACAAACUUUGUCUGUUAAUCGACGAUAUUAAAAAUUCAAACAAGGCUUCUAUUGCAAUUCAUGCACCAAUAUCAAUGCUUGCGUGUAUUUUACAACCAAACAAAUCUGUAAAUCAUAUCUUCACGAGAACAAAAGGAUACAUUCACCUGAUUAUGCGCAGCGGAUAUGUCACACCUUAUGGUGAAAAUGGAAAGAGUGGCGCAAAAAUUCGAAUUGGACAAGAUAUUAUUCUUGAAGAAGGUGACGGAGCAUUUAUUAACUGUGAACAGGGUAUCGAACUACUUAUUGAGAGCACUGGAGAUAUAAAUGCCGAGUUUUUAUUAUUUGAUCUUGAAUAA